AAACAAUAUGCGAAGCGAUGACAUAAACAAAGUGUGUCUUCAACCAACUCAACGCAUAAGUUCCAUAUACUCUGGAACGAAAACCAAACAAAAAUAUAGAUUUUAUUUUUUGAAUAGAAAAAAAACUAUUGUUGCCUUAUUCAUAUAUAUAUAUUUUUCUAUAGUUCAAAACAAAAAGCAAAUCAAAUAGAUAAGAAAAGGGUGAAAGUGUACAAUCGAUAGUUAUCAACAAAGAGAUUAUGAUUCAAAGAAGAAAUGAUAGAGUCGACGGCUUGGCAUUUUGAAUGAUUGCAAUUGUACUUUAUCAGCAGAAAACAAAAAUUGAGAAACGAACAAAAAUCAACAAAGAAAUCCGAUUGUAAGUGAACAGAACGGAUGAGUAUUACUCAUUGAGUAAUAAAAGCAAACAAUGCAAGUUAACACAUUCAAGAGUUCUCCAAGGCCAACCUAUUUCUAUACAUUCAUUUUAUUUGCCGUUCUUUGGGAUUUCCUGUGGGCUUACGCCGAAUAUCCAAUCGCGAAAUGAAUUGCCUGACAGUUAGCAUACAAGCCAAGUUCCACAGGUGGAUUGAUUCCAUUUCAUACGCUCUAUACAUCAAGUCUCACAAGUAUUCUAACGAAAAUAAUAAAUAACCACCAUCAUUCACAGAUUGUGCGUUUUCCUCAGUGCGUCAUCGACAUCGGUAGGAACAACAUUUUCUCAAUAAAACGUCAGUUAAACAAAAUCGAAGUGACGCAAACUAUAAAAACAACAUUUAAAUUGUGCAAUUUUGGCCAAUAAAUCGAUUCUAUCAAAUAUAAUUUGUCUUCUAUUUUCCGUUCAACCAUUAUUUUCCGUUGUUAAUUGAUUGAUUGUGCUCAAUUGUUUUUGCUAAAUCGGUGUGAACUUCAUUUGUUGGAUAAAAAUCAAUAGUUUCUUUAGUGAUUCGCAGAAGAAGAAAAAAAUCAGUUGAAAAGAAAAUAUUUGUUCGGUGUUAAACAAAUAAUUUUAUUAUCACAUAAAUCAAUUUUAUCGAAAGUGUUUCGUGUCGCGAAUAUUAUUCGUGUUAAGUUUAUGCUUGGCGUAAAAAUUGUGUCAGCUGAGUGAGAGAGAGAUUCGCGAGGCGAAUGUAUAUGUCUCUGUGUGUGUGUGUGUGAGAGAGAGAGAGAGAUUUACUUAUGCAAUCAACAGUAACCGCAACAUGAAAACGAAUCUCAUACCAUUCCAGCGUAUAUUCAUCCAACUAUAAACAGACACAGCAGUAUCAUUGCAGUGAAUGAACACACAAACACCAACAUACACGGUAGAAAUCGGCUUGAAUUUCUUUGCUACUGUCACCAAAGUGUUUUUCGACCGGUUCCAACAGAAUUGUUACGCGACGUUUUUCUUUACGAUUUAUUUAUGGGCACAACUAAAUGACGAGCACAUAAAAACCAUUCCCAGAAACAUCUGCAAACAUCAGCUUGAGAAUAAAUGCAUUGACUGAUAACAAUUGUAAGCAAAUUUCAGUAAAAUAGAAAAUUAACUUGGAAAUGACAAAAAAUGUCUCUUCAGAUUUUUCACUUGUUUAAUUGUUUUUUUUUUGUAACUACAAGUUGAAGUUUUCCGCAGUGAAUAUAUAUAUAUACUUAUAUACAUUUAGUUCAACAGCUCGUCUUGAAUAAACAUGGCGACAGAAUUCUCGAACUUUUACCGAACAACAAUUACAAUCCUUCUUCUAUUGACCUAUUUUAUGAAAUACUUCCACUUUGUUGUGAUAUAUGCUUCGAUAUUUUUGCUAUCGAUUUCAUACAGUAAUAAAUAUAUUGUUUACAUCGAAAUCUGUUUCCAUGCGCUUCACAUCCCAGUAUGCAGUUCACGCUAUCAGAGACUUGGCAACCGAAUGUGUUCGUUUAUCAGGAUUUAAUUUAUAUUGAUCGCACACUUGCAUUAAGAUUAAGUCAUUAGCUUUCUUGACUUUCGUUGGCUUCGAACGAAAUCGCUUACAAUAAAUUACACAAAAUAUGACAGGAGCUUGUGAUCCAGUCGAUUGUGUAAAUGGUACAGGAAAAGAAUGGUGAAUUUAUUGGCUUCGAUUCAAUUCAAUCGCAAUUUCCUCUUUCAGUUUGCAAACAACGACCGUGUCGAUUUUCAAGUAAUUCCAAGAUUUAUAUUUAAUCCGUUUGUUUGUUUGCGUUUGAAAUAUUGAAUGAAAAUCGUAUUAUGAUUUUAUUACCUUGCUUGGGUCAACAAACUCUACAUUCGUGCGAGAAGUUAUUGAUUAUGCAUAUUUAUUUAUAUCGAUGUCUUGAAGCUGUUUUGAAAAUAACUCUGGCUUCAUCGAUUAAAUGACAUUUCGAACAAAGAGAGGAAAAGCAUCACGGGAGUUUGCUUUUGCUUGUUCCUAUCCAUGAGUAAAAUAUAUGUAGAUUUGAACAUUGAUGGAUUUGCACAAAAUGGUCGAGCAUCAUCUUUCAUCUGAUAUUACUUGAUAUACCGGCUUGUAUUAGUCUUUACGGCGCUAGUUGAUGUGCAUUGUUCCUAGCAAUAAAUUGGAAGGAAAUCCAUUUUCGAGGGGCCAAAUCGAACAUCAAUCAGCCCUCAGUGAAUAAUUGGCGAACAAUCGAUCAACUUCAAAAUUAGCGUCUGACACCUUUUGCACUUUGCUCACGAUGCUCGAACAAUUUUACAAGCUUAUGUACAGUGUACACCCGCAUUUUUUUCCCUUGAAAUUUUAUUAAUUCUCCUGCAUACACAAAAGAAAACCCAAAGACCAACCACUCCACCAUGGGAGCGUCUAUUGAGAUAUGAGUCUUUGGAACUCGAAAAACGUUGUCUUGAUUUUGAAAAGUGUGCUAAAGUUGGAAUUCUUACGCCAUAUUUAGAGAAAAAUGCCUUAAGAAUUUUCACUGGCUCCACUUUCCCUUGAUUGAUGACAUGGACUUUUGCUACUACUAUAUAGCAACUGAUUCAUCCGCCGAAUCAAAAUUGAAAGAAUUGUAAUCAGUUGCAAGCAAGGAAAUGGAAUUCCAUGAACAAACUCAGAAAGAAUGUAAUUAAAUUCAUACUUCAGUUUUGUUGGUGAAAAUUCCGUGAAAAUUAAUUUCGCCAACAGUAACCAAAGCCAUAACGAUUUCAAUUGGACUGAAACAGCAAUGAAACUAUGGAAUAUCAUAAUAAAUCAUUUUCACCAAGAAGAAUUUAAUUCGGAAAAAAAAAACUUUGUAAGUACAGAAUGUAAUUGGUUAGAUUUGCAUUCCUCGUUGGGCUCGCUCAUCAAAACUUCCGUGAUGUACAAUUUUUUCCUGUAUGCUCGAGUUAAUUCGUGAUGUAAAAAAACGGACGGAGUGAACAGCUCAGCAAACGGACCCCGUAGAUUUUCUUGAUUAAAAAAGUCCAGACAUUUUUUGAUCCAAGCAAAGAGAUAAUAUUGCCGGCGAACUGUAAGAAUGAAAACAUGCACAUUAGUCAUCCACUCAUCGGUGCUACAUUAAUUUAUCCCGUUUUUCUUCUGCUUUAUUCAAACAUAGCAUGCCCGUGUGAAAAAAAAUGACUGACUCACUAUAACUUCAGCUGACUUUUUGAUUGAAUUUAUGUUUUUUCCUAAGCAAAUCACUUGGCCCCAAAUGAAGCAACUUAGAUUGAAUUGUAACUUCAAAUAAUUUCAGUCAACUAUGAUAGACUUACACUACACUUUGUACUGAAAUGUCGAUCAAAGUAAGUCAUUUUUGUCCCAAAUUAGUUAACUGACUGCUCAGUUACUAUUUUUUCACACGGGUGGACUUCGAUGGCUUCUCGUAGAAAAAUAUUUCAUCUGAUUCAUUUCAUUCAUUUUCCAAAUACAUUUCCACAAAUGAGGUUUUUGAUGCAUUUCAUUGAGCACUACUUACCAGCAUAUUUCAUUCCGUUUUUUCCUUUUCUUCUUCUUCUUUUUCUUUUUCUUCUUUUUCUUCUUUUUCUCUGCCAUGAUUUUCUCCGGAUGAUAUUUCUCGAAUGCGAGCGAAAUCAGCGAAACAGAUACAGCUUAUAUGAAAUCACAGAAGCAUCAACAUAUUUUUUUAAAUUUAUUAAAAAUGAAUUCUCUCCUUGCUCUGAUGUGCAAUAAAUCAUACAGGAGACGGAGCACGAAUAAGGCAAAAUGCAUCUGAGAGUCAGAAAAAAAGGAAGAUCGCACAUUGGGCAACUGUGGUGAAAAAGAGUAAUAAAUAAUAGAAAACGGAGGGAGAAAUACGAAACAAAACGUGCAGCAAAUAACACAAGACCACGUGCAGGAAGAUUCGUAUUGGUGCUUUUGGAUACGCUCAUUCCGACUGGAUUGCAAUGUUGUUUUCACAAAGCGACCACUUGUAAUGUACACAACAGACAUGAGUGUAACACUAAGUUUAUCUCCAUCGCCGUUUUCAUUCCAUAAAUAACACUGUAAAAUCCAAUUAUUAGUGAGAAUUUCUCCAAAUUUUUCGUUUAACAAUCAGUUAUUUCUUCUCUCCGAAUUGUGGUUAUAACUUAAAGUUCAUAACAUCAACUCACAAAUGUUGAUCCGAAAAAGUAGUGUUGAAUAAAAACAAAACAAAAAUCAAAUUAAAAAAAAAAAUAUCAAAAACAAAAGCUCAAGAUAUUCACAAAAUUCAAGGGAAAUACAGAUAAAGUGGUCUGUAUUUAAUCUGCGUGAUAAUGUUGUUUUCAAAUUUCUUAGAUAAUGUACCAAAAUUUAGUGAAUUUGUCGAAAGUCUAUCGAUAGAGCGAUGUUAUCAGCAGCUAAAGCGGUCGCCAUGCAGCGACAAUAACCACGAAACAUUUGGUCAAGGUCAUAGUGUUGCACAAGCCAACCAUCCGUUACAUCAUAAUCACAGUCGAACGAGAUGGAAAGGCCGCCGUCAUUCAGAUGGUGUGCCGAAUCGGCUGCCGCAUCAGAAAUUCGCCCAUCAACAUCAACGAACACUGACGCCGCAUUCCGUGAGUGCGGUCAUUUUGUUUUUUAUCGUACUGUUAUCACAUGACCAAACGACAACAGUGAUUGGUGCACGUAGCAGGGAUAGUUUUAAUAGUAUUUAUCAAAAUAAAAGUAGUGUAAAUAAUAUUACAAAUGGCGAUUUGAAUGCUUCUGCUGCUAUUGACGCGAAUGUUGUGAAUUGGAUCGAUGACGAAUUGCCGAUUAUUGACUUUGAGUAUUUCAAUAAUGUUACGGACGAUGCCGAAUUCGAGAAACUGCUUAGCGGCGGCCGUAAAUCGAAACGACCGCCAAUCUAUCAAAAUGAGUUUGCCGUCUACAUUCCCAACGGUGCUGAUAUGGCUAAUGAUGUAGCAGAGAAGCACGGAUUCACCAACAUGGGACAGAUUGGCAGCUUGAAGAACUAUUAUCUGUUUCAUCAUAGGCACGUAUCGAAGCGUUCGCUAAGCCACAGCCAAGAGCAUCAUGGUACACUGAAAUCAGAACCGGAGGUUCGAUGGUUUCAACAGCAGCAUGAGAAGGUGCGCAAGAAGCGCGAUUACACAACCAAUUUUUACAAUUAUCAGAAACUCGGAAUGCUUCGUAGCAUUGCACCCCAAUCACGAAUCCAGUACCGACAAGUAGGCGAACCGUUAUUUUUCCCAGAUCCAUUUUUCAAAGAGCAGUGGUAUUUGAACGGUGGCGCCAAAGAUGGUCUCGACAUGAACGUAGCACCAGCAUGGCAAAAAGGGUAUACAGGAAAAGGCGUUGUUGUUUCCAUUCUCGAUGACGGCAUUCAAACAAAUCAUCCGGAUCUAAUUCAAAACUAUGAUCCGGAUGCUAGCUACGACAUCAAUGGAAAUGAUUCAGAUCCAAUGCCUCAGGAUAAUGGUGAUAAUAAGCACGGAACACGAUGUGCUGGUGAAGUGGCUGCUGUUGCAUUUAACAGCUUUUGCGGCGUUGGUGUUGCAUACAAUGCCAGUAUUGGAGGCGUUCGUAUGUUGGAUGGCAGCGUGAACGAUGCGGUUGAGGCGAAGGCGCUCGGCUUGAAUCCACAUCACAUUGAUAUUUAUAGUGCAUCAUGGGGCCCUGAGGAUGAUGGUUCAACGGUAGAUGGGCCGGGUCCGUUGGCACGACGUGCAUUUAUUUAUGGCGUUACGAGUGGUCGCCAAGGCAAAGGAUCAAUUUUCGUUUGGGCCAGUGGAAAUGGAGGUCGCUACACAGACUCAUGCAACUGUGAUGGUUAUACCAACUCAAUAUUCACACUAUCGAUUUCGAGCGCAACACAAGGAGGGUUUAAGCCAUGGUAUUUGGAAGAAUGCUCAUCAACAUUGGCUACAACAUACAGUUCUGGCACUCCUGGUCACGAUAAAAGUGUCGCUACCGUUGACAUGGAUGCUAGAUUGCGACCGGACCGAAUUUGUACCGUCGAACACACUGGAACAUCGGCAUCAGCCCCAUUAGCAGCCGGCAUAUGUGCAUUGGCCCUGCAAGCGAAUCCGACACUAACUUGGCGUGAUUUACAAUUUUUGGUGGUAUUAACAUCGAAGGCCGAACCAUUGGAGAAGGAAAGCGGUUGGAUUGUCAAUGGUGUACAACGAAAAGUAAGCCAUAAAUUCGGAUACGGUCUAAUGGAUGCUGGGAAAAUGGUAAACUUUGCAGAAGAUUGGAUUCCGGUGCCAUCACAACACAUUUGCAAAUCUCGGGAAAUUAAUGAGGACCGCAGAAUUGAUGGUUCAGUUGGCUAUACAUUGGAAACGCACAUGGAUGUCAACGGUUGUGCUGGAACUCUCAACGAAGUUCAGUUUUUGGAGCAUGUUCAGUGUAAAAUAACACUUCGUUUCUUUCCUCGUGGUAAUUUACGUAUUCUUCUGACAUCACCAAUGGGCACCGUUAGCACACUGUUGUUUGAGCGGCCACGCGAUGUUGUGAAGAGUAAUUUUGACGAUUGGCCAUUUUUAAGUGUACACUUCUGGGGCGAGAAGGCUGAAGGUCGUUGGCGAUUGCAAAUUAUUAAUGGCGGCCGUCGACGUGUUAAUCAACCGGGCAUUUUAUCAAAGUGGCAAUUGAUCUUCUACGGAACCCAAACCAAUCCAAUUCGAAUGAGAAGCGAACAAAAUCGCUAUUCGCAUCCAAGUCCAACGGAAUCGGAAUUUACGCCACCCAUUCAGCCAAUUAACUACAACUACAAUCCCGAUCUGUACACAUAUUAUCCCGGCGUAUACAGUCAAGCUGCUAGCAACCCAGAAGCGGCAAUUACCACUCUCGAUGGACACAACAUUCCGAUUCCACAACGUGAAAACGUAAUGGCCGAUUCAAACAACAAAAUCGUAUUGCACGACUGCGAUCCGGAAUGUGAUCAACAAGGAUGCUAUGGACGUGGCCCCACACAAUGUGUUGCCUGUAAACGCUAUCGUCUCGAUAAUACAUGUGUGAGUCGCUGUCCGCCGCGUAGUUUCCCAAAUCAGGGUGGCGUUUGUUGGGCAUGUCACGAAUCUUGUGAAACAUGUGCUGGUGCCGGCCAAGAUUCAUGUCUAACAUGUGCUCCAGCUCAUUUGCAUGUCGUCGACUUGGCAGUCUGUUUGCAAGUUUGCCCCGAUGGAUAUUACGAAAAUUAUGAGAAUAAAACAUGUGUACCAUGCGAAGCAAACUGCGCUUCAUGUCAGGAUCGUCCGGACUAUUGUGUGAGCUGUGAGCACCACUUAGUCAUGCACGAGCAUAAAUGCUAUUCAGCCUGUCCACCGCACACCUACGAAACGGAGGAUUAUCACUGUGCAUCGUGUCAUUCAUCCUGUUUGACGUGCAAUGGUUCGUCGGAAACGCAGUGCAUAACAUGUCGUACCGGACGUUUUUCUUUUGAAGGGAAAUGCUUGAAUAACUGUCCAACGGGCUAUUAUGGUGAUAAAAAGCGGCAAGAAUGUAUGCAAUGUCCAACCGGAUGCGAAACGUGCACCAACAACGGAUUCUGCUUGACAUGCAAAGAAAAGUGGAACAAAAAUAAAAAGAACCGUUGCAUUCUGAACGGAAGUGAUAAUUGUGAUGAAUCCGAAUAUUAUGAUAAUGGACAUUGUCAUGCCUGUCACUCGACAUGCGAAACGUGCAACGGACCAACUGAGAACGACUGUUUAACAUGUAAUUCGCCCUUGCUUCGCAAAAAUAAUAAAUGUGUAAGUACCUGUGAUGAUGGCUACUACAUGGAAGCGGGAGUUUGUGCGAAAUGCUUACACACUUGCACCCAAUGUGUGUCUCGUAUGAAUUGUACGGCGUGUUCCAAAGGAUUGCAAUUACAAAGCGGUGAAUGUCGAACAACGUGCGCUCAAGGAUACUACAGUGAUCGUGGAACAUGCUCGAAGUGCUACUUGAGCUGUGCAACGUGCAGUGGACCGAGACGCGAUCAAUGUGUGCAGUGUCCAAAAGAUUGGCAAUUAGCCAGUGGCGAGUGUCAUCCCGAAUGUCCAGAGGGUUUCUUUAAAUCGGAAUUCGGCUGCCAAAAAUGUCAUCAUUACUGUAAAACGUGUUCAGGAGCCGGUCCACUUGCCUGUACUUCCUGUCCCGCCCACUACAUGCUCGAUGGCGGACUUUGUAUGGAGUGUCUGGGAUCACAAUUCUACGAUCCAAUGACGCAGACUUGCAAAACGUGCCAUGAAUCGUGCCGAUCGUGUAGCGGUCCUGGUCAAUACUCGUGUGUUGCUUGUGCGUUCCCAUUGCAUUUAGAUCGAUUGAAUAAUCAAUGUGUGCCUUGCUGUCCGACCGGCGCUCUGAAGGCCGAUCAAUCCUGUUGUCACUGCGAUAAGGAUACAGGUGGAUGCAUAAAUGCAUCGCCGGCUGGUAAACGUCGCAUCGCCAACGGUAUCGAGCAACAACAAUUCGGCGACGACAGUCUGUUCGGAAUUAGCGGAAAGCUGAGCAUAGUCAACGAUGGAAAUGGCAACAAUGGAUUUGGUCGCAUUACACCAGCAACAACAGCAAUUACAGCUUUUGCCAUCGCAGCAUGUGUAUUGAUCAUUUCAGUUUUCGCCAUAGUCGUUGUAAUACAGAAGAACACACAAAAUCGAACUCACACCAACGUUAGAUAUAACAAACUGUCAACGGAUGCACCCUCGAAAUUGAACAGCCGUCGAACAACCACACUUGAAGUUUCAGCCGAUGACAACUACAGUGAACCAAUGCUAGCGUACAGCGACGGUGACGAUGACGACAACGAUAACGACAAGGAAGAUGACACAACCACAUUCAAUAUCAACGAAUCAAGAACCGAACGGAUAUCAUUGCACACAAACACAUAGAAAUCGACUGGUGCGGAAGGAAAACCAAUUUAAAAUUGAACGAAAGCAUCUCGGCUUUCUGAUCUAUUUGUACAUAUUCACAUCCAUAAUUAACCGGAGAUCCUGGAGUUUAAAACGGGAUUAAAGAAGAAAAAAACUUACCAUAACUACUCCUAAAUACUUAAACGUAAAUGAAAAUAACCAACUAAAACUUAAAAAAAAAACUCUUUUUCCUAUGUGUUAGCUGAAAACGGAUUCAUUUCUAUGUCAGAUGUUUGUUUUUUUUUUGGUUGGUAUUCUUUCUGUCUUCUCCCUAUGCAUUUCACAUACAAAUGUUCGAUUUCAGUGUGUGUGACGCAAACUAUGCAGGAUAGUUAGACUCAUAUCCAGUCGCACAGUAGACCCCCAAAACAGAUCUUUUAGCUAUUAAUUUAGUUUAAAUUCUUUAUCAUUAUCAAUUCAUGUUGUAUGGAUAAAACGCCAGUUGAUUAUCAAUGAAGAUGCGCGCUGUCAAGCUUCUUUCACUGCUGCUAUUUAGCCGUAAAUGCAAUUCAAAAUGCAUCGGUGGAAUUGUUGAGUGCCAUUUUCUGGAGAAGAAGGCCUAAGAAUCAUUUUAUUAAUCUUUGUCCAAAUGAUUCGUCAACAUUGAUACAGAUAUUUACUCAUCAUCUGGCGUGUUAUCAUCCAGAUAACAUGAAUCGACCAUAAAAUUAGGAACUUAAAAAAAGGUGUAUAAAUCAAUUGCGAAUGUUAUUGAUAUUCGUUUAGUUUAUUUCAUUGUUUUGUAUGAGCAAUCGGAAGGAAACGUGAGAUAUGAAUGAAUUUUUUUUAGUGAUGACAACAAAUUGACGAACAAAUUUUGAAAUUCGAAAAAUUAGAUUAAUUAUUUGUUUAAAAAAAAAGAAAUACUAAAACAAAAUAUUUCACAGCCGAGUGACAGCCCAACUACAAACUGUCGGCAAUUCGGAAAAAAAAAUGUCAGAGAAUAUUUAAUGUUAAAUGAUUUAUUGACAAAUCGAAGGUGUAACUGAGAGAAGAAGAAACCAGAAUAUUUUAUAUAUGAAAAAUCACAAAAAAUAUAUACACAUAUUACAUUAGAUAUAAUGAAUUAAAACAAAAGAAGUACAGCCAUGAUGUUUUAUAUACGAGGAUUAAAAUCGUUUGUAAUCAUAAGAGAUGAGGAUAAGACACCGAAAUUGAUGGAAAUCACAAAACUCACGGAACAACCAGAUUAGUGUAAUUUAGAUAAGCAAAAGAAAAAAUAAAUAAAUCGAAUUGACCUUUCGAUACCACAGCCAUGUAUUUGCGCUAACACAUAGGUGGGCGCAAUACACGCUCAAUAUUAAGUUCCCCGAGGGGGGGGGGCGAGCAUAAAUGAAAAUGUGAAAUAAAUAUACAUACAUAAACACACAUUACUAAAUGGAUUAUGUUGUACAUUUACGUAUCGAAUAAUUAUUGAAUUGAAUGAACAAAUUGUAAAAUAUGUUUGACGAAACUAAAAUAAUGUGCAUUACACAAUUGAAUUGAAAUCAACUGAAUAAAUGUCAGAAGACAGCAAAGUAUUCGAAA